AUGCUGAGAUGAAUUAAGAGCUGUUGUGCUGCUCAGUGCCCUCGAUGUGUCCCUGUCAGUUCUGCCUGCUCCAGUGUGCUGGUGAGGGAAGAUGCUCUGAGAAGAUCCCAGCACAGUUUACUUUGCAGACAUGUUAAGGGACAGCUGCAGAGAAGAAAAAUACACCAAAACCCCUUCUUGAGACUCCUUCAGGAGGUUAAAAUAGAUAUUGACAAAUACCUGGCAGGAAAUCAGGCACUGCAGCAGGCUGCUGUUCUGUGUGCCUUUUACUUUGCUGUUCAUUUAAUGUAACAGGAUGGAGAUCUUACUCCAGAGUCACCUUUAACUCUUUAGCUUCCAAUUCACAGCUCCCUAAUGUAUCAUGCCAAAUAUUAAAUUCAUUCUGUUGGAUUUCCCAUGAAUUUCAUUCUGUUCCUGGGGUUCCAGUUCUCAAGCAUUUGUUUUUGUGUGUUGUGCUGACAAUGCACCUUAACCUUUUGAUGAGCACUUUCUGAGCCAGUGCCUUGGAGAUCUUUGCUGAAAUGAGUUCUUAUGGCACUCCAUAGGUGAGUUCUUCCAUCUGUUAUCCAAGUACAUGAGUUUCUUUCAGCUGGCUCUUUACCUUCAGUUUGUCUGUUCAUCUGUGUGUUUGCACUAACAGCUCUAUUUGUCAUGUUAGUCAAACAUUUAAUGAAGUUCUCAUCAUAGCUGGUGUUUCCUCUUUCUCUGAAAAAUACAUUUUCAAUUCAGCUUGAGACACUUUAACUUCAGUAAACACAGGUGGUAUCCCAAUUUCUGUUUGUUUUCUUAUUCUUCAUUCUUUUUUUCUUCAGUUUGUUUUCAUUUGGCUGGAUUUUUGCACUUGUAUACAAACACCUGCAAUCAUGUAUCUUUGAGAGAUGAAAACAUCUCUAUAUUUUUUAAUAAUCAGACCUUGUACACUAAAUAUUUGAGAGAUGAAAUUACCAUAGUGCUCAUGUUGCCAAGCUUAUUUGCAGGUGUGCACCACAAAAUGAGACAGUCUUUGAACAGUCCUGCCUCUUCUCCUGCUGCACUGACACCUUUUCCCUGGGAAUUAAAGUGUCACUGGUUAAUCCCAGCCCUGUCUGAUGGAAACACUUUUAGACUGGCCUCUAAUGAAAGGAGUGGUAACAUGUUUUACACACCUACAACAUGACAUUUCAUCUGCAGGUUUUAUCUGGGCCAGGACUUGUAGCUAUGCUUUAAUCUUGCUGCAUUCAUCCAGCACACUCAGUGCCUGCUGUCAGAGCCCCGGCUCGGCUCUCAGGGAUUCCCAAGCUUUGCAUUACAAACUGUUGCCAGCUCCCAGCUUUUCCCAUCAGUCAGGAGAGUCUGUGCUCAGCCAUGGCCAUUUUCAGAGCUGGGCAGAUAAAUUUCCAUUGCCCUGAAGCCAACAGGAGCAUUUAGGAGUUGAAACUUCACUGUGGGCAACUUAACUUCCAGCCCUGUGACAUUUCUGUGACAGUUCAUAAUGUCCCCAUUUAUCUGUGGAUUGGUUUUCACUCAGGACCUGCUUCAUGGCAGCUGUGAGUCCAUCAGCUGCAGAGACCACAACUCUCAUUUGCCUGAGACAUAACUGAUGUGCAGUUCCUGCCAUAAAAAUUAAAAAGAGAGAAUUGAAGUAGAAUUGAACUCUCCUGCCAAUUUGAGAUCAGACAGCAGAAAGUCUUGCAGGCCCCUUGCUGUAGGCCACACAGAAGGGCUGAUAAGGAACAAGAAUAAAUCCAGAAGUGUCACUUUCAUGAGGAAAUGACAAGCCAGAGCUGCAUGAGAAUCCACUGCAAGUAUGUGGCUGCUGGUGAAGUUAAUGAAUGUGGCCUUGGAAUCUGUAAUUAUUACAGUCAGGCAGAUGAGUGCUCAAUUCUGCCAGAUGGGAGAGCUCCACUCUGAGUUCCAGGACAUGCCUGGGGCUUUCAGACACAUUCACUCUGCAGAAACACUCUGCAAGCUGCAUCAGCCCACACAGGGCUUUGAGUAUCAAAAGUGAAAACCCAGGAACAAGAAGCAGCCAAAUGUCAAUGUCUGUAGAACCAGGUGGGCUGUGACAGCUGCUGUUUCCAUGUGGCACAUUUGGGUGCAAUGUUUCUGACAUUUUUGGGGAAAUCCAGGGGUCAAACACCCCAUUCUCAUCAGGACCUUGCACAAAACACAUGCAUUUGCUCCCACAUGGAGAGAACUGCUCCCCAAGAAGGCAGGAUACCUUUGAUCUGUCAUAUGUGGGAAGAACGCUAAGAGAGCCAUCUAAAAAUGGGUGUUAAAACAUUCACUCAUAACUCCCCUGCUCACAGUCAGGAGAUGCUGGGGAAGCUGAACAUGCUCCGGAACGACGGCCACUUCUGCGACAUCACCAUCCGCGUCCAGGACAAGAUCUUCAGGGCACACAAGGUGGUUCUGGCAGCCUGCAGCGACUUCUUCCGCUCCAAACUCGUUGGGCAAGCCGAGGAUGAGAGCAAGAGCGUGUUGGACCUGCACCACGUGACGGUGACGGGCUUCAUCCCCCUGCUGGAGUACGCGUACACGGCCACGCUGUCCAUCAACACCGAGAACAUCAUCGACGUGCUGGCCGCCGCCAGCUACAUGCAGAUGUUCAGCGUGGCCAGCACCUGCUCGGAAUUCAUGAAAUCCAGCAUUUUAUGGAACACACCCAACAGCCAGCAGGAGAAGGUGCUGGAUGCAGGACAGGAGAGCGGUGCAAACUGCAAUUUCACCUCCCGGGACGGCAGCCUGUCUCCGGUGUCCUCCGAGUGCAGCGUGGUGGAAAGAACCAUCCCCGUUUGCCGCGAGUCUCGGAGGAAGCGCAAAAGCUACAUCGUCAUGUCUCCUGAGAGCCCCCUCAAGUGUAACACACAAACCAGCUCCCCCCAAGUGCUCAAUCCUUCCACUUCCUACCCAGAGUCCAGAAAUCAGCCCGUGGACUCGUCAUUAGCUUUUCCCUGGACUUUUCCUUUUGGAAUUGAUCGAAGACUUCAGUCAGAAAAGGUCAAGCAGGCGGAGAACUCUAGGACUUUGGAAAUGCCUGGGCCCUCGGAGUCCAGCAGGAGGAUGGCAGAUUAUGUGACUUGUGAGAGCACCAAGGGCAGCUCUCCCCUGGUGAUCGAGGAGGACGUGCGAGUCAAGGUGGAGAGGCUGAGUGACGAGGAGGUUCACGAGGAGGUGUCACAGCCCGUGAGCGCAUCCCAGAGCUCCCUGAGCGACCAGCAGACGGUCCCAGGGAGUGAGCAAGUGCAGGAGGAUCUCCUGAUCAGCCCUCAGUCUUCAUCUAUAGGCUCAAUAGAUGAGGGGGUUACAGAGGGGCUGCCCACACUCCAGAGCACGUCUGGCACCAACGCUCACGCGGACGAUGAUGAUCGUCUGGAGAACGUUCAGUAUCCCUACCAACUCUACAUUGCUCCUUCCACCAGCAGCACAGAGAGGCCCAGCCCCAACGGUCCCGACAGACCCUUCCAGUGUCCCACGUGUGGGGUGCGCUUCACCCGCAUCCAGAACCUGAAACAACACAUGCUCAUCCACUCAGGCAUUAAACCCUUUCAGUGUGACCGCUGUGGGAAAAAGUUCACCCGAGCUUACUCGCUCAAGAUGCAUCGCCUGAAGCACGAAGGUAAACGCUGUUUCCGGUGCCAGAUAUGUAGUGCCACUUUCACUUCCUUCGGGGAAUAUAAACACCACAUGCGGGUUUCCCGGCACAUUAUCCGCAAGCCUCGGAUUUACGAGUGCAAAACAUGCGGCGCCAUGUUCACCAACUCUGGAAAUUUAAUCGUUCACCUGAGGAGCUUGAACCAUGAAGCGUCAGAGCUAGCAAACUACUUCCAGAGCAGUGACUUCCUAGUACCGGACUACUUAAACCAGGAACAAGAGGAGACCCUCGGGCAGUAUGAGCUAGGGGAGCAUGGCUUUGAAAGCAACUCUUCUGUCCAAAUGCCUGUCAUUUCACAGGUGUCAUCUACUCAGAAUUGUGAAAGCACUUUCCCCUUGGGGUCUCUGGGUGGGUUGGCAGAGAAGGAAGAAGAUGUGCCAGAGCAGCCAAAGACUAACACCACUGCUGAGGCAGCCGCGGGUGACCCUCCCAAACCGGAGCUGUCAUCUAUUACUAUCGAAUAAUUCAUGGUUUGGUUUCAUUUUUGUUCUUUGGAAAGUGCCUGUGUUUGGUCCUGUACAUUUUAAUUUAAUUUUUUUAAAUGAAAAGUGGGGAGAUUUUCCCCUUUUUACUUUGUAAGCUACGCUUUAAACUGAAAACUGCGACAGAUGUUACAUUAUUUUUCAUGACUGAAUGAUCACUUCUGUGAAAAUAUUUAAGACUGAUUGCACAAAAAAGAUCUUGUCAGAACAUCAUGGAAGCUGUGAUACACUUCUAAAGAAGAACAACUGAUUCAGAUCACUUUAACUAUUCCUUCUUCCACAGUUAGAGCAGCUCAUUAAGUUUCUCUUGCUUCUGCAGGCCCUCUGGUUAAGGGAAAGAAAUCAGAGGAAACCUUUUUCAAAUGAUAAACAAAAGGAUGCAUUGGAAACCAUGAUUGAACAGUUUUGACUAGUUUUGAGUGGAUGCUUUAAUCUUCUGCAUAAAGAAGUGACACUUCCUAUAUGUGCCUGCUGUUUUUCAAAGCCCUUACUGUGCCCUGUGCUUGGAAAUGGUGAGCGGUUUUGAAAGGAACAGUCACACACUUCUUCAAAACACACCAUCCCUGUCCAGCCCAGAUGAAUGCCAGGUAUUCCUCCUUCUUCUGUUCCAGUCCUUUUAGAAACUGCUUGAUCAAAUAGCCUAAACAGAUCAGCCCAGCUGAGGCUAGGCAUGGAAAGUCUAAAGGUGCACCAGGAAUUGGGAAUGAUGGAGAAGUGUUCAGCCAUGCAAGCCUGACAAAUAUCUCCUGACUGUACCUGUCUGUAGAUGGGGAGCCACAAAGGGAAAUGAAGGUUUUCCCAAACUGAAAUUCUUAAACCAUGGCCAGAUUAUUUGCAGUUCUGAUCAUUGCCCCCUCACAUACACACUGUGUUUUUACUAAUCUGAGAUUUAGCUAGAGGGAGUUUACAGAUUGGAAAAAAUAAACUCUUUUGUGCAUUAUUGCACUUUUUUUUUGUUUAUACAUAUGUAUGUAUAGUUUCAGAGAUUUUUACUAGACUGUUUUGGAUAAAACAAGCAAUUUAUUCUCUCUAAGGACAACUUUCUAACCAACAGGGGGCUGUUUACAAAAAGCCUAUAGAGCAAUGAUGAAUUGUUCCUGUUUCAAAACACUUUAAAUCCUUGCCAACUCGGUUUAUUAAAGGCCAUUACUCCAGCUACACACACAGCUCAAGCAAGCAAUAAACUGAAAUAUUUGCAAUUUCAUUUUUCCAUAUUUAGAAAAAGCUACGAAUGGAGGGUGUGGGAUUUUCAGAGCAGUGAGUCUUGUUUGGUCGAGGCUGUUUGGGCUCAAGUACUGCUUUGAAACCUAAAUUAGGAAGUACAUUAGGAGAUUUGUGAUUUUUCUUACAGCUUCUGAAGUUAACUCAGUGUUUGAUGCCAAAUGCCCAUGGCCUACAGAUGAUGUGCUGUGUGAGUAGGUAUUGCUUGAUCUCAGUAUUCCAAAGGCAUGAUACACUCCCUUAGUUUUGAGUCUUGUUUUUUUUGUUAAUUGCUAUUUUCUGUUAUUUUCCGGAUUUGUUUUAUGCAAACAUGAGGAGGAAAUGAAACCAAUAGAGCAAGGUUGCUCCUGAAGAAACAGAAGACACAAAAGUGGUAUUAUAUUGCACAUCAAUUUGUAUUCAGGCAGCCUAGGCAGCUCUGAUACUCUCUGAGACUGAGUUCUUUCUAUUAAUAGCCAGCUUUUGUAAGGAAAAAAGUUUAUUGACCUUUGGAAAGUGUUUAAAGGGUUUCAAUGACCUCAACAAUUUUUCUCUUUUUAGGUUAAACCCACAUAUUUUAGUUAAAUAGAGUGAAAACAGUUGGGAUUUAAGUACUUUCCGGGUUGCUGGAAUGAGGUUUCUCCACCAGAUCCAAAGGGUGUUUUAGAAACAUGCUGCAAAGAACUUCUGUGCUGCAAUUCAGUCUUGAUUAUAUCUACCUUUGUGAGGCUUCUUAAAAGGGCUUGAAGGAGAAAUGCUUUUUCUGGGCUGCUGUACUGUGAAAUAGCCCAGUGCCUGCUGAUGAGCUGAAUUAAGAGACCAUUUCUCUUGCACUUGGGAUUUCUCUGAGAAGCCAGUGAGACAAGACAAUGCCUUUUGCUGAGCUUUAUUCUGACCUAGAGGGCUGCAACACUGAGCUCAAACCCAGCGUUUUCUCUUUUUCCUGACAUGUUCCACAGGUAAAUGAGAGCCCUUUGUGAGUCAUGUUCUGAACAGUGCUUCACUCAAACCACAUUUCCUGACUGCAGAGAUGUAAUAAUCAAAGGUGGUCAGGUAUGAGCUGGAGGACAUAAUCUGAUCAUUAAAAUCUGAUCAUUUUCAUCCCUGAAGUAUUUUGCUAAAGAGUUCAUUGGUGAGAAGGUACAAAUACACCACAGACAUACCUGGAUAUUGGAUUUUUAAGACUUAAAAUUUUGAGUCAGAAGGCAAAUUGCUUUCAGAAUACCAAAGAGAAAGGGGAAAGUUACAAAGACUUUAUAGCUCUGAUCUGUUCUUCCUUGAAAAGACACAAGGAUCAUUAACACCGAGGUACAAGGCAAGGCCUGGGUUCAUUUUUCAUUGCACUGUGUGUUACACAUUAUCUUUUCAGCCUCCUAAUCUCUGGGUAACAUCUUAAUCUAGUUCUCAUUUUUCAAUCUGGUUCAACUGGAGAAAGAAUAGAGUUCUUGGAGGAUUUGGUUUGGUGGGUUUAGGGUUGGGUUUACUUGUUAAUUUUCCUGUCUGUAAUUGUUUCUUGUUAAUAUCUCUUUUCUCCAUAGAAAUGAAUACGGUUUAAAUGCAAACACCUUUUUAUUCCUCCUCUCUAAAACUUGUUGGAAGUGUUCAGUUCUUUGAAAUGCUGGUGUUCUUCACAAGAGAGAUGUAAAAACACAGGACAUCUUAAAACAAUUUCUGUUGCUAAUGUGCUCGGAUUCCAAACAGAGCAAGGAGAGAUAACUAAAAUAGAAAAAACUUGCCUUAAACUACACUUGGGAUUAAACCUAAAACAUCAAUUUCUUUCAGUACAUUAUCAGAGGGUUUUGAAUUCUGGGAUGCAUUUUCUUAUUUCUUCUUAGCUUUUUUCCCCUCCCUCCCAAAAAAAUCCAUUAUUUAGUAUGCAUUUCUGUGUCUGCUAGACAAGGGUCAGGGCUGAUGUGGUUCAGCCCUCCUGCUGCAAGCAGAGUGAGCCCAAGUGCUGUUCCCACAGCUGGAGUUCAGUUGUCAGGCUCGCAGAGACCACGGCCAAGUCUCUCAUACUGAGAGAUCAGUAGACUCGGGUAUUGAAAAUGGUUCUGGGUUCACAUGGAUUCUGAGUCUAAAAGAUGUGAAUUUAAACUUUUUAAAAAAGUAAUAGCUGCCAAUGCAGUCAGAUAUAUUUUAUAAGACUAUGAUCCCUAUAUGUCCCCUGUGGGAUGGAGUUUUAUUGUUUUUAAGCUAUGGUUUAAGGUUUUAUAUGAGGGCUUCAGGCACUUCUUGGUCGCUGGUUCCACCCUGCAGCCCCGGGUUGGGAGGGCUGAGGUGAGUGCUGGUCUCUGUCAGAGACAAACCAGGAAGCAUUUUAUAUGCAAAUCCAGCAGGAGCUUUGUGCACCCUGCAGGGAUGAGAGAAUUCAGAUGGAGGAGCACCUGCUGCUCCUACAUCCAUUGCAACUUCCACACCAUCAGAAUAUGGAAAAUAGCUGAUUUUCAUUCAGGCCGCUCACGUUCCAGUUUUGCUCACAAGGUGAAAUCCUGUUUUGGAGGGUUCUCAUCUCCAACUGUAGACAUAAUAAAUCCCAUAGCAUCGUGAUGAUGGCAGGUAAGAGGGUUCAAGACAGUGCCUCCCCACAUCAGAGGUACCUGGUAAAUAGAGUGGGUUCCAAGUAUUUGAGGAAAUGUACCAUAAAAGAAACAAAUGUGAAUUUUUUUAGUGCAACAGUACUUACUGCUCUGGAUUUUCGUUCACUCCGUGUUCUAGCACAGUAACUCUGUGUCCCACAGCUCUCAGCUACAAAUCUGGUUGCACUAAAAAAAAAAAAGUGGAAUCUGGUGCUGCCAGCCCGUGUGGCAACUGUACCUACAGUCUUCCUGAGGGUUGCUGAAGUCCCCAGAAGAGUGAUUUUGUUUCACCAUUCAUUUAGCUGAUGCAUGCUUUUGAUAUUCUGACCUGUAACCCUGGCUACACCGAGUCCUUGGACAGCUUCCUUGCUCUGUUCUGCAGUGCCUUCACUCAAGGUGCUGCCCCAUGGUGAAACCCCAAAGAGGGAAAAGUGGAAGCUGGAGGGAAAAAAAAAAAUGUGAAUUAAAUUAUUGUUGGGCUUCUUUGUGCAUUUUAGUAACAGUGAAACCCCCUUAACUGUGCCAGUCUCCAGUCACCAGCCGUAUAUCCAGUCAUCAUCUCAUCCACAGUACAGCUUCUCUUGUUGAUGCUGGCCACAGCUAGAUUACUUGGCAUGUUUAUUGACCUAACAGAAUUGGUUUUGGGUUUUGGUUUUGUUUUUUAAUGUAUACGAUGUUUAAAUACACUUCACAUUUUAUAUAAUACUAUCUGGCUAUUAGUAUUUUUCAGGAACCAUAGUUCUUGGUGGCUAUAUAUAUUUUUGUGACUUUUUUUGUAAACUAAGUGCCGUUUCAACGUUACAAUCAUUUUUAGAGUUAUUGUAAUCAAUGUGAAUAUCAUGUUUUUUCAAAUCUGUUCUGAGCCUGUAGUGUUUGCUUUGUGAUCAUAUGUGUAAUGUAUAUAUUCUGUAUAGUUACAUUGUAUUGAAAUACUAGCUUGUUUGAUAUAAGAAAAGUAUGUAUUGGGUACCUUUUUGCUAGCCUGGUUGUUUAAUCUUUAAAAAAAAAGUUCCAAAAUACAAAAAAAAAAUCUCCAAACUGGUCCCAUUAUAGGUCAAAAUUAAGGGGGGAGAAAAACUAGUUUUGAGUGUCUUUGGAUAGAAAUAUGAAGCUAAGAUUUUUCAUUAAAAUAUUAAUGUUUUAUGGAGUA